AUGGCUUCAUCUUCCAACAAUGAUUCUGAUGAUUCAUUUGAUGAAGCGGUUGAUGAAGUUUGUGAACAAGCAUUUGAUAAUAUGUUUUACGCAAUGUUAGAUCAUCAAACCGCAACGACGCAGAAGAGGAAAAAACGUGCAUAUAUAGAACGAGAACGCGAGCAAGGCCACCACCGCCUAUGGAAUGACUAUUUCUCUGAAGGUUCAACAUAUCCGCCACAUGUUUUUCGACGUCGUUUCCGAAUGAACAAGGAAUUGUUCAUGCACAUUGUCGAUCGCCUAUCAAAUGAAAUUCUGUACUUUCAACAAAGAAGAAACGCUCAUGGAAGGUUUGGUCUAUCCGGACUACAAAAAUGUACGGCAGCAAUUCGUAUGAUGGCAUAUGGUUGUCCGGCUGAUGCAGUUGAUGAAUAUCUCCGUCUAGGUGCAAGUACUGCACUGUUAUGCUUGAAAAAUUUCACUGAAGGAAUAAUUCAAUUGUUCGGAGAUGAGUACCUAAGAAGACCCACGCCCGCAGAUCUUCAACGAUUACUCAACGAUGGAGAGAGACGGGGAUUUCCCGGGAUGAUGGGAAGCAUAGAUUGCAUGCAUUGGGAGUGGAAAAAUUGCCCUACCGCUUGGAAAGGGCAAUAUACACGAGGUUCUGGAAAACCGACAAUUGUCUUAGAGGCGGUAGCAUCACAAGAUCUUUGGAUAUGGCACGCAUUUUUUGGACCUCCAGGUACCCUAAACGAUAUUAACGUACUAGAACGUUCACCUGUAUUUGAUGACAUUUUACAAGGUCGAGCUCCUAAAGUUCAAUACUGGGUUAACGGACACAAGUAUAAGAUGGGAUACUACCUCACCGACGGUAUUUAUCCCAAACGGGCAGCUUUUAUACCAACUAUUCCACUGCCUCAAGAUGAUAAAGCAUCAUUAUUUGCCACUACCCAAGAAUCUACCCGAAAAGAUGUCGAGCGUGCUUUUGGAGUUCUACAAGCUCGUUUUGCAAUUGUAAGAAAUCCAGCUCUUUUCUGGGAUAAGGAAAAGAUUGGCAAUAUUAUGCGUGCAUCUAUCAUAUUGCAUAAUAUGAUAGUAGAAAAUGAACGGAAUGGAUACACUCAAUAUAACAUAGAAGAAUUCCAACAAGGGGAGUCAAGCAGAACUUCACAAGUAGACAAUGAGUACUCUACAGAGACAUCGUCAAACAUCGGAAACCUUAUCGGGAUACGAAAUCAAAUCCGUGAUCCACAAAUACAUGAACGCUUGAAGAAAGACCUAGUUGAAAAUAUAUGGAACAAAUUUGGCAAUUCUCAAGAGUAG